UCUUCUUCUUUCUUCUUCUCCUCCAUUUUUUUGUUGGAAAAAAAAAGAAAAACCCAGAAAUAAAUAAGGAAAGAGAAGGGGCCUUUAGGGGCGGAUAGAGAGAUCUACACGUCUUUGUACUAGAGAUCUCGGAUUCAUUCCCAGAAUCCUCUAUCGUCACCGGCUCAAUUUUCUACCAAGACUCUGGGAGGUUUAUUCAUAUUCGGCACUCUCUUGUUUUAGAAACUCAAGAAAUGCUGGAUGAUGUGUCCUCCUAUCACUAGGGCAUUAGCUGCACGAGCUCAUGAGGUUAUGAUGACUCAUGAGCUACCACAAACUCUGAGCUAUCUCUGGAGCAACUAGUGUUUUUUUUGGAGCCUGAUAAGUUUGUAGAUUAGAUGGAAAAUAAGCCAAGUGUCUUGACUGAUAAAUAUGAUGUUGGGAGGUUAUUGGGUCAAGGUACUUUUGCCAAGGUGUAUUAUGGAAGGAGUAUUCUUACUAACCAGAGUGUUGCUAUCAAGAUGAUCGAUAAGGAAAAGGUUAUGAAAGUUGGUCUUAUCGAACAGAUCAAGAGAGAGAUCUCUGUUAUGAGGAUUGCUAGACACCCUAAUGUUGUGGAGCUAUAUGAGGUCAUGGCAACAAAAACAAGGAUCUACUUUGUUAUGGAGUAUUGUAAAGGUGGAGAGCUUUUCAACAAGGUUGCCAAAGGGAAAUUGAGAGAUGAUGUUGCUUGGAAAUACUUUUAUCAGCUUAUCAACGCAGUUGAUUUUUGCCACAGCCGAGAGGUGUAUCAUCGUGACAUUAAGCCAGAGAACCUAUUGCUGGAUGAUAAUGAGAAUCUCAAGGUAUCUGAUUUCGGGUUAAGUGCCCUUGCUGACUGCAAGCGACAAGAUGGCCUCCUCCACACUACUUGUGGCACACCUGCAUAUGUUGCUCCCGAAGUGAUCAAUCGAAAAGGCUAUGAUGGUACUAAAGCAGAUAUUUGGUCUUGUGGGGUGGUUUUGUUUGUCCUAUUGGCAGGCUAUCUACCUUUCCAUGACUCAAAUCUGAUGGAGAUGUACAGGAAGAUAGGGAAAGCAGAUUUUAAGGCACCAAGCUGGUUUGCUCCAGAAGUACGGAGGCUGUUGUGUAAGAUGCUAGACCCUAACCCUGAAACUAGAAUCACCAUCGCAAGAAUCAGGGAGAGUUCUUGGUUCAGAAAAGGUUUACAUAUGAAGCAGAAAAAGAUGGAGAAACGAGUCAAAGAGAUGAAUUCUGUGGAAGCUGGUGUCGCAGGCGGUCCAAAUGAGAACGGAGCAGGUCCAAGUGAGAACGGAGACAGGGUCAUCGAGGAAAACCAAACAGACGAACCUACAAAUUUGAACGCUUUUGAUUUAAUUGCCUUGUCUGCUGGGUUUGAUCUGGCAGGACUUUUUGGAGAUGUGUUUAACAAGCGAGAAUCUAGAUUCACAUCCCAGAAACCUGCUUCAGUGAUCAUAUCUAAGCUGGAGGAAGUAGCACAACGAUUGAAACUGAGCAUAAGAAAGCGGGAAGCAGGUUUGUUCAAAUUGGAACGAUUAAAAGAAGGAAGAAAAGGGAUUCUAUCGAUGGAUGCAGAAAUAUUUCAAGUGACGCCAACCUUUCAUCUAGUGGAAGUGAAGAAGUCUAACGGAGAUACUCUGGAGUAUCAGAAAUUAGUGGCAGAGGAUCUUAGGCCUGCUCUGUCAGAUAUUGUAUGGGUUUGGCAGGGCGAGAAAGAUGAGCCUGCUUCACAGCAAGAGACAGAACAACAAGAGGAAGAACCAUAGUAGUUUUGAUAUAUGUUCUUGUCAAGUUUUGAAUUUUGCUUAACACUGAAUCACUGAUGUGAAACGUAUAUGAGUUUCUUACAUUUUUCGUUUGUGAAAAAAAGGAAUCCUGGCAUAAUAUAAAGAAGAAGUCGUUAAAUGAAA